AAUGCAUUCAUCUUGGCGUUCUGUGCGCUUGCGGAGGUGCUCUGAGGCUGCUGAGACGUUGGGUAUCAGAGAUCUUGCAAAACUCGUCGGAUUUUAUCGACCCCCUUGACACGAGGAUGGCGCUCAGCGCUGCGGUGUUCGUGCCUGUGGUGGUGUUCACUGUCCUCAACGCCCUCGAGAACAUCCUCCUCCACUCCUUAUCGCGUCAGUCAGUCCACACACGACACGCAACACACACAAGAAAAGAAACUCAUCGUGCAUGAUGUGUUCAAUUUGUUUGGCUGCAGGUGCACGUUCAAGUGCUGUUGGGAAGUGGGGCUGAGCAAGGCGAGGGUCUCAAUGGCGCUGGGGGAGUGUCGAAGGAGACCUCCAUGCAGGUCCUGGCCCGCAGCAGGGCGCAUUCCAACCACACCGAGAUGAUGUCUGUGCACCUGCUGCUUCUCCUGACGAUGGGCGUCUGCCUGGGCACGGAGGGCGGCCUCGCAGGCCUGUCGACGACCGUCCUCUACGUCUACGGGGCCCUAUUCUUUGUCAUGAAGGCGAGAGCGAAAGGCAGAUGCACACAGCCGAACGCGCGCCGGGCCCACAGGCAGGCCGUGUGUGGUUUGUUUGUUUGUUUGUGUGGUCUCUUUGCGAGUGCAGACUCUGCACACGAUUGCGCUGCUGCAGAAGGACUCUUACAAGAAGGUGCACAUAUUCCGACCGGUGGGUGAGGGAGAUGAGGGCUUGCUGACCGACCGACACAUGCCAUGCCAUGCAGCCAGCCAGCCAGCCGGCAGAUUGAUCUUCCACUACACUGACUAAUGUGUGCAGGCCGGCUAUCUGGGUGCGAUCGGAGUCAUGUUGGCCAUGUGUGGUGAGGGAGGAAACAGCGACACAGGAGACAGACACAAGAGAGAAUAGCGGGCAAGGAGGACACCACACUGGGACGCCUGUGUGUGUGUGUGUGUGUGUGUGACUGCAGUGCACUUGACGGUGUUUUGUGUGGCGAAUGCCGCCUGACCUGG